AUUUAAAUUAUCAUGUCUGAUUAAACUUUUAAACAAAACGAAGCUUUAAACAAUCCUCAAAAAUUACCUUAACCAUUCUCAUACAUUCCAGAUACUCCAACUAUCAAACCACAAAAAAAAAGUGAACAGGAUUUUCUACAAUUAAGCGUUAAUAAGUAAAGUAGCACUCAAUCUGAUGUCGAAAAUAAUGCAAAUACUUAUUUAAUCACUAAUGAUAAUAAUAAUCUCCCUUUUACUAUUCAAAUCAAAUUUCCAAUGGUUUCAAAUUUUACUAUCAACCAUCAUAAUGUUGAAAAAUAUGAAUAUGAAAAACCUAUCAAAAUACAAUAACCAUCGAAAAUCUAUUGUAAAUUUUGCAAUACAAGAAAACCAACUUAAAUUGUACAUAAAAAUGGAUUGAAUACAUACAUCCUCGCUUGUAUUUUAUUUAUUUUUUUUCUCCCAUUAUUUUGGGUUCCACUGAUAUCCAAAAAAUGCAAAGAUUAAUUUGAAAUCUGUGUUGUUUGUAAUCGUUACACAAACUCUAUUCCAUUUAGAUUAUUUUGA